AUGGUUUUAAAUACAUCCGACCAGCGCAUCAAACGCAAACUCGACCACAUCCAGGAACACGCGAGCCGUAUCAAACACUUCCAACAAACGAACAGAUUCAAAUUCAUAGACUCGUCAAUCAGCGUCAACGAAGAAAACAACGCCGAUUACGCUGCAGCUGAUUAUUCAUACAGGAAGCGAGUUGCGCAGACGCUGCCGAGAACCGCCGACUGCACGUCUUUCACCUCUUCCCCGGAUUUCAACUUUAGUGCCGAUAUGAGCACCAGUAGCGAGAAUUUAUUGGAAGCAAGUGACUUCAACGCUAACAUUAAUAACAACAGUUUCUUGAAAAUUCCACGUCUUAUUCUUUCACCUAUAUCUCCUCUAGAUAUAUCUUUUGCUCAAGAAUCUAGAACAUAUAACAAAUCAAUGAGAACGAAAAAAUCUGAAACAAUAGCAACUGAUGUUAACUGCAUUGGAAACACUCUGGAAGCUCUUAAUGCUGCUGCUUUAUUAAACAAAAGUACUAUAAAAAACGUCAAAACGAACAAUGAAACCUGGCAAUCAUUAUCUGCCACCAAAAUCGAACCGAAAAGAGACUCUGUCAUAGUACAUCUUAAAAUUCCUGAAAUGAAAACUUCUCUUGCAAAUGAUCCAAACAAACUCAGAAGCACUUGUUUGCCUGUUCCACCUCCACCAACAGCUUGCGAUGCACCCAUUGAUGCAUCUAAGUUCGUGAAAUCUUCUUCGAAACUUAAGGCAAACUCAAAUCAAGCCAGUGUCAAAAAUGGUGGCGUUUCAUCAGAUAACAGGGAAGAAAAAAUGAUUCAAAGUCUUGAGUUCAAUGCAGAAAAUAACAAAUUGGUUGAAGAUACAAACAGAAAGAAAAGUAACGAUAUAGACGUAAACCAAAAUAGCCAUUGUGAGAGAAAGUGCAGCCAGAGCAAUAAAACACUAGUUCCCGACCCCUCGCUAGGAUCGUAUGUUUCAAAGAGAGCCAAGGUAAGCAGGUCAUCAACUGAUGAUCUCCCAACGACCAGCGGAUCGGCAACAUUGUCAGCAGCACAAGUACUCACCAUGUCAAAACAUUUAACAACUGUUGUUUCAAAAAGAAUACAAUCGGAAUUAGAUGAAAAGGACAAAAUCGCUUCAAUAAAAUUUGCAUCAUUAACUAUGAACUCGCAAUCGCCGCAACAAACUGCAUUAUUGCAGCAACAAACGCUGCAUCAACAUCAUCGCCAUCAACCUCAUCCUCAACCUCAGAAGCUAGAACAACAACAACACCAUCAACCAACGGAACAUCAUUUAUUAAAGCAUCGAAAACCUCCCCAUCAGUCAAAAAUCAAAUCACUUUCGAGAAUGUUUGAAAAUUUUUCUUCGGCCAGCCAGGAGAAUGACGAUGCCGAACUGAACAUUACAAAAAACAAAGAUGAUGAUGCCAGUCAAACGAUUGUUGACAUUUACUCCGACUUGAACAGAAGAAGUUUCAAAAAAUUUUACUCUGGUUCAAACGUCAACAAAAAAAAUUCGUCUUCGCAUCAGAAACAGUAA